UCCGGCGACUCGCUUCCUCCCUCCUUCUCCUCGGCUUCAAGUGGGCGGACCUCUCUCCUCGGCUUCUCCUAGAUUGGCCGGGAGAAUUCACCAAUGGGGAGCUCCGGGAGGCGGACCUAGAACGCCACCAGUUUGAGGAAGACAAGGAAAUUUCAAGUUGGCUGCGGCUUUGGUUCCGCGUGGGGGAGGGGCAGCAGGGUCUUCUCAGUGGAUCUCUGAAUAUCCAGGCCCCCUCCACCAUGGCCAGCCGGGGUGGGGGCCGGGGUCGGGGUCGGGGUCAGUUGACCUUCAACGUGGAGGCUGUGGGCAUUGGGAAGGGGGAUGCUCUGCCCCCACCCACCCUGCAGCCUUCUCCACUUUUCCCGCCCUUGGAGUUCCGCCCAGUGCCUCUGCCUUCAGGAGAGGAAGGGGAAUAUGUCCUGGCGCUGAAGCAAGAGCUACGAGGGGCCAUGAGGCAGCUGCCCUACUUCAUCAGGCCAGCUGUCCCCAAGAGAGAUGUGGAGCGUUACUCAGACAAAUAUCAGAUGUCAGGGCCGAUCGACAAUGCCAUCGAUUGGAACCCUGAUUGGCGUCGUCUACCCCGGGAGCUAAAGAUCCGAGUGCGCAAGCUACAGAAAGAGCGGACCACCAUUCUGCUCCCCAAGAGGCCCCCUAAGACCACAGAAGAUAAGGAGGAAACAAUACAGAAACUAGAGACCCUGGAGAAGAAGGAGGAAGAAGUAACUUCAGAGGAAGAUGAGGAGAAAGAAGAAGAAGAAGAGAAGGAAGAGGAGGAAGAAGAAGAGUAUGAUGAAGAAGAACAUGAAGAGGAAACAGAUUAUAUCAUGUCAUAUUUCGACAAUGGAGAGGACUUUGGGGGUGACAGUGAUGACAAUAUGGAUGAGGCCAUAUACUGAAGAAGGACCCUAAACAACACGCUGGACCUUCGUAUCUUUCUCGAUUUAGGAUACAGAGAGUAACCGUCUCUCUUACUUGGUUUUGUGGACAAGCAAAUUCUUUGCUCAGAGUCCAGACAACCUGUUCGAUCCGUGGACAUAGAAAUGGAGAAGGACGACAGACAGCUCUCUUUUCUACCCUUCGCCUCCCUCUACCCUUGUAUCCCCUCUACUGUCUUGGGGAAAGGACACAGAGGACCAAUGUCUUAAAGGUGUGAAAUGGAAAAUGAGGGUCGAAAUGAGAACUGGGGUUGUUAGAGCCGAGACAGCCCCUACCCAUUUUUUGUAUAGUUUUUUGUGAAGAUCAUUGGGGGUGGGAGCAGUUAGGAGAAAUAAGGCCAGUUUUAUAUUUUUAAAUAAAAUAUUGUUAUCUGCC